CCACAGGGCGUUUGGAGGUGUGUUUGAUGGGCUGCCAGGACCUGUUGGAGUAUGUUCCGGGCCGGGACCGUGGGUCCAGCGCCUCCUCCUCCUCUGGGAGUCUCUCGGAGGGGAAGACUGUGAAGGUGAAGGCCGGCCUGUCCGGACGAAGCGCCAACGGCAAGACAACCAAGACUGAGGAGCUGUCCUCGGAAAUCAGUGCUGUGCUGAAGGUGGACAACAGGAUCGUGGGGCGUUCCCAGUGGAGGCCUCUUGGUAAAGAGGCGUGGGGCCAGAACUUCAACAUCGAACUGGAGCGGGUCAGUGGCUGCACUGCAACAGACCCUCAAACUAACUCAUACACAACUGCUCUUAUCUAA